AUGGAAGUCCGCGCUUUCGACGGCCCACUGCCAGCAGCAAAGACUGGAUUUGGCCUCUGCAGAAACGAUGCUUGCCUUCUGUCUAGGGGCUGGCGCUGCCACAGGCGCGCCGGUCGGCGGUCUUCCCGCAAGCGCUCCCGCGAGCCCUCGGACCCCCAGCAGCGCGCCUGGGUGAGCGAAAUGUUGCGGGAGGAGACGGAAGAGGGCAUCCUGCAAGCAGUGGAGCGGCUUCGUGAGAGGAACUUGUUGUCCAGAGUCCAUGACUACACCAGUGUGGUCAUCGCGUUCUCUCGCAAGCACUAUUGGGAAAGGGCUUGCGAUGUCCUUUCCGAGAUGCACUACCGUAGUCUGGCAGCAAAGCCGGUGGCCUACAACAACGCCAUGAAUGCUUGCUUAAGCAGGGAGAACUGGCAGCAGCCCCUCCGCCUCCUCCGAGAGAUGCGAGAGCGGGCGGUGCCUUGUGACUUGUUCUCUUACACCAAUGCCCUGACAGCCUCUGGCCGUAUGGGUAUGUGGCAGGAGGCGCUGCGGCUGCUUUGGAACAUGGUCGGCGACAAAGUUGCUCCCGACAUCGUCGCCUUCAACGCCGCCUUGGCCGCCUGUGAGAGCGCCGGCCGUUGGCAGUGGUCCCUUCAGCUCACGAAGGCCCUGGGGCAAGCCAAGCUGCAGCCAGAUGACGUGACUUACCGAUCGAUCACGAGAGCCCUGGAGGCUGCGGAGCAGCAGCUGAGAGAGCUGCGCCUGGAGUUGCCCUCACCCGUGAGUCCGGGAGGGCCCUCGCAUCAAGGACCCGCGCAGCUGCACUACUGCCUCGUGCAGUGUGAUGAGCAGGGCUUGGAGGGCUGGUCGCUGGCAGCUGGCAGCAAGCACCGGCGCUGGGACACCCUCUUGCUCGGGCUGCUACAGUGCUUCAUGAUGGAUGGACAGUGGCUGCGAAACGUAGCUGCGUCCCUUCUCGUGGGCCCAGAUGCCGUCCAUGCCACGGGGGCCUUGCAGCCCCUAGUGAUGACGGUGCUGGGCCAGGGCCAGGAUGGUCGGCCUUUUUACCAGCCGGCCACCCUGAAAGCCUUCGAGGAAGCACUGUGGAAGCGACGUGGCCAGGACGCGGAAGGUCUCUGCUGGCAGCGGGCGCCGCAUCGUCCGAAGACCCGGCUCGAGGCCCAAGGCAUGCUCCUGGAAAGCCUGGACGAGCUCGUCGGGGAGGCGCCCGCCAAGGCUGGUGUCCUUGCGUUUGAUGCCGGGGCCGUGCUGACUUACGACGAGUUGCAAGAGUCUGGCUGGACAGGCAGCUACGACAAGCUGUUUGUGCUGCUUGGGGGUGCGCACGGCUUUGAUGGGGCAGACGAUGUCGACGGCCGUUUCUUGGGAGAAGUGCUGGGGCGCUUUGAAGCCCGAGUCGGCACGGAGAACGUGGCGAAGGUCACCCUGGCGGAUGAUGCCAGCGCCAGCGUAGCUACCACUUUUCCGCUUUCCAAAGUUGUCAGCUUCAUCAGCGUGGAGCACUGUCGUGGCACCCUCUUCGCAAGCAAGCGCUCUCAGGCGGUCCAGCAGGAGGCGGGGCGGGAGGGAAAAAUAGGUUCCGAAGCGAGCGCAUUCAGCGAAAGCGAGCUGAAGGAGGCGAAGAAAAACCUUGCAGAAAUCAUCCUUGUGACUUCGCUUCUGUUUGCCAGUUCCGAGACAUCUACCGGCACUUGCGGGAGGCGCCCCUUUCUCAGCUGCUGUCUCAAGUCUCAGACUGAUGAGACGCCUGCGCGAACGAGGGUGAGGGGGGGCAUGGAGGUCCCCGAAGCCAUCCCAGAGGACUUCGUGCUGGGCCUGGUCCUGGCAGUCUCUGGAGGAGGAAAGACUCGGAGCCUCCGUGCCCUGCGCCGGGAGCGCGGUUUGGGAGCCGAGGAUGGACUGGACUUGAGAGAUGAAGCAUUGCCACCGGUGGCGGACCCGCGUUUCGCAUCGGCGGAGGCCGCAGUGAGCCGGCUCUCAGCCGCAGGGCUCUCCUCGGUGCCCGCCUGGUGCCAGCCGUUUUGGACUCUCUCCCAUGGGGAGCAAUGCCGAGCUGAAUGCGCCGCAGCGCUCAAGGAUGGCGCCUUGCUGGACGACUUCGGCGCCUUCACCGCCUCCGGCCAGACGCAAGCGGCCGCCGCGGCGCUCUCCCGCUUCGUGCGCAGCCAGGGGCUUCGGAAGAUCGUGGUGGCUGCAAGCGACAUGGACCUGGUUUCAUGGCUUGCUCCGGAUUGGGUCUGGCUCCCACGGAGCAGGGAGGUGAUCUUGAUGAGAGCUAGCUGGCGGCCCAAGCUUGAAUUUUGUCUUGGAUCAACGUGGGCACCGGAAGCUCGCUGGAGCAGCCUCUUCUGCACAGCCAACCUCUGCGAGCGCACGGUGCGAAGCUGCGAGGUCCAGAGGCAUCCCAGGCUGGCUCUGGUGGAGGAGCGCUUCGACUUUCGCUCGCAGACGCGAGUCUCCUCGCAGCUCCCGAUGCUGCCUGGCUGGCUCCUGGAGGAGGACCUGCCGGGCCUGGGCAUUGUUUUUGGGCCUUCGGGCAGCGGAAAGACCACCGUCUUGCAGGCGUUUCAGGAGAUGAAGGUCUGCCCACCCAAGGUGCCGACCACUUCACAAGGUCUCCCGCCGGAUGUGCGCGAGACGCUUGGCCUCGUGGAGGAACCGCAUAGCGCGGGCGAGCUCCACCAGUAUGCUGUCGCAGAUGCAUUGUGGCAUGGGGGGAGCACGGUGGUCUUGGACGAGCUUGGCUCUCAGCUUGAUGCUGCAUCUCGCCGUCGGUUCUGUGCAGGCCUGCGAAAGCUUCUGCAAAAGGGGCCACUAUCGUUCAAGCGUGUGGUGGCCGCCACCUUGCACCCGGACAUGGUGGAUCUGCUGAGGCCACGGUGGAUGCUGGACACCGCCUCUGCCACGCUCUGGCGGAGCCCAGCGGAACCUGAGAUGGGCGAGGAGAAUUCAAUCGAGCAACUGGGCGACAGCGAGAUGCCACGCUUUGAGGCCGAGCAGGUGCGCAAGGGCUUCGUGCAGCCCAUGCUGAAGCUGAAGGUGUCCCUCCUGCACGCCGAUGGAACCAGGGCUUGGCGGCGCUUUGCUCGGCACCACUACCUGAGCUCCCAGCUCAGCCCGGCCGCCACCUGCGCCGAAGUGCAUUGGGGAGACGAGCCCGUGGCCUUUCUGGCCCUGCUGCCACGGGAAGCCGCCAGCGGCUCGACGGACUGUCGAGAGCAUCGCCUUGUCGUGCUCCCCGACUUCCAGGGUCUUGGCAUCGGCUUGGCUCUUUCCGAAUUCAUGGCAGAGCUGGCCACCACACAAGGCUUCUUUGGCUGCGUGCCUCCGCAGCGGUAUUUCUCCAGCACCGCCCACUUCCAUUUGGGAUCUGCCCGUGCACGAAGUCCUCUCUGGGCCUCCACCCCCUUCGAUGGGAGCGAAGCCGCCAGACCCGGGGACACGCGGCUUCUCUUUAAGCACAUGUAUGUGGGAAAGGGGCCAGCGGCGAGCAAAGCCUUGCCAGAGAAAGGCGAUGGCCAGGAGAACGCCGCCGGCUACACCGGCACCGCCUUCCGUGACUCCCCGCACAACAACAGUGCCGCGGUCCUGCGGCCGAGGAAGCUAAAGCGCAGGGGCCGGCAGGAGGAAAGCACUCAGAUCGACUGCACAACUGUGGGAGAGGCAAUAAAAGUGCAGGUGGUUGAAGACAGGCUGGCGUUUUGGGCUACGACGUCGCCUGGCCUUGAGGACGUUGUGGCUGACGAAGCCCGUCGCAAAAUUCCAGAAUUGACCAUCGAGGAGAAGAAGGGCAGUGGCCGCAUCUGCCUUUGCGGCACGGAGCUGCAGGACCUGAAAGCUCGGCUGGAAAAGCUGCUCGCUGCUGAUCGAAUUUAUGUGCAGGUCGCUCGUGUCUCGGGGCUUCGCGGCGACCUCGACGCCAAGCUCCGGCAGCUGGCGGCCGACCCAGCCCUGGGAGCCUCCCUGCACCGCGCCGCGAGGUUCUGCUUGGAUACUGAGCAGUCUGAGGCUGCGCCGUGGACCUUUCGGGUAACUUGCCGACGGAGUGGGCCCCGUAUCAUAGGCUCUGAUGCCGCUGCUGCCGCCCUGGCUGCAGGCAUCGAGGCCAGCCUCGGUUGGCGGCCCGAGCUGCAGAACUUCGAGCUGGAGCUGGUGCUCUGGCUCCAGCCCGCCGAGAUCCUCCUGGGCAUGAGUUUAGGUCGCCAAGGUGCUACUUGCUUGCUGGCCCCGGAACGACGGGCUGGCCUGGCCGAGCUGAAGUCGAGUCUGAGCUACGCGGCGCUGGCACGGUGUGUGGGCGAGGCAUGGGUACCUGGACAGCUGUUGGUGGAUCCCAUGUGUGGCUCCCUCGCACCGGUCGAGGUGGCUACUGGCUCCGAGUUUGGGAAGCUCCUGUUCUGCCUCUGUGGAGACAUUUCGGAAGCGGCCAUGGCCACCUCAGGCUGGAACCGUUCCCUGCUGCCGCAGUCCAGGCGUGCCCGAAUCGACCUGGUGCGCUGGGAUGCUCGAAGGCUGCCGCUGCGAGCUUUUUGUGCCGAUCGGCUGCUACUUCACCCACCAGCUGGGAAAUUCUUCGGAGCACCGCAGGCACACGCGAGGCUCUAUGCUGCCUCCCUCGAUGAAUGCCGUCGGGUGCUCCGCCCCCGGGGCCGCGGCCAGCGAGGCGCCCAUGCGCCGCGCCUGGCCCUGCAGACCGACGACCGGGUGCUGGCAGACAAAGCGCUGCCGGUCCAUGCUGCCGGCGCGAACGAAGGCUGCAUCGUAAGAACCAGCAAGGACUUGGGCAUCGCUUGGGUGCGUCACGCAGAAACCAGACUUCUCUUCGAAGGCGAUGCAAGCCUAAUGUUGCUCAGCACCUGCGUGAAGCCGCUUCGCCAGGACGGAUCCGUCACCAACGCCAACAGAACCGUGUGA